UUUGUAUACUUCUUCUUCACUUCCCAUAUCUAUCUAUAUAUAAAUAAAAAGUUGAGAAAGUGACAGAACCAAAAAAGAAAGAAAAGAAGGAAAAAGACAGAAAGAGAGAGAGAUAAUGGAAGAGACAAAAUCAAGAUUCAGGAGGAUCUGUGUCUUCUGCGGAAGCAGUUCCGGCAACAAAACCACUUAUCACGACGCUGCUCUCCAACUCGCCCACCAACUGGUUUCUCUUUAUUUCCACAUUUAGUCCUUAUUUAAAUAACUAACUAAUUAAAAUUAGUGCACUAUUAUGUUAGCAGAUUUCGGUUUACUAGUAUUUAGUAUUAUAUGCUAAGUCUUUUCUAUGUUUUUUGCAAUGCAUUUCACCAUUAGCUAAAAAAGGGCUAUACAAGGUUUUUGUGUGAUAUGUAUAGAAGUAGGAACUAUAUAUACAGCUCAUAUAUACAUAAAACGUAUGUCCAUAGUAAUAACGAGCAUAUAUGUAUAAUUAAGUAUCAUAUCAUAUCAUAUCUAUUAAGGUUGAAAUUUAGUAAUUUACUUUCUCAAUGUAACAGAAGCCCACCAUGCUUAAUGUUGUGAUAAAUAAUAUGAAUAAAUCAAUGAACUCCUCUAAUUAACAAUUUAACAUGUAUAUAAUAAAAGUCUAUAGAAUAAAUUGUACUUGUUAUUUAGCAGAAAUAAAAAUAAACUGUACUUGUUUGGUCACUAGUAACACACAUAAAUGUGAAAGGUGGAGAGAAACAUCGAUUUGGUGUAUGGAGGAGGAAGCGUGGGGCUAAUGGGUCUCAUUUCUCAAGCUGUUCAUGAUGGUGGUCGUCAUGUUCUUGGGAUCAUUCCGAAGUCUCUAGCACCAAGAGAGAUAACCGGUGAAUCAAUAGGAGAAGUUAUAACAGUAUCGACUAUGCACCAAAGGAAGGCUGAAAUGGGUCGCCAAGCGGAUGCCUUCAUCGCACUUCCUGGUGGAUAUGGGACAUUUGAAGAGUUGUUGGAAGUCAUCACCUGGUCUCAGCUUGGGAUUCACACUAAACCGGUGGGACUAUUGAACGUGGAUGGAUUCUACGAUUCACUAUUGACGUUUAUAGAUAAGGCAGUGGACGAAGGCUUCGUCUCCUCCACCGCUCGCCGUAUCAUUGUCUCGGCUCCAAACGCUCCUCAAUUACUUCAACUUCUUGAGGAGUAUGUUCCAAAACACGACGAUUUUGUAUCCAAAAUGGUGUGGGACAAUACCACGGAUGCUUUCACUUUGGAAGGCGACUCGUUUUAGAUAUAGUUCAUUUGUAUCUUAGUCUACUUUUAUUUUAUUAUUAAAAAUCUCGUUUUUUAUUGGCCAUUUCAAAUUUUUGAUUUUUGUAUACCAUGUAUUGAGCUUAUAUAACAAUGGAACUUGCCAAAA